UCCAAUUGCAUUGCCAAAGCUAAAUGAAUUUGGGUUCAAUUAUUCUGGAAAGAUAUCUAUAAAACCCAGGUGGAGAAGCAGAAAGCACUUCCCGUUUCACAUUUCCCAUUUCCCAUUUCUUCAAAAAAAUCUCCCAAGAAGACUUCCUCUUGUGAGAAAGAUCAUGAAACAAGAAACCAUAAAAGUGGCUUCAGGAAACAGCUCCAGGCCAGGCAUGGCUAAUGAUCAUGAUGAUGAACACAUGGCUAAAGCUCUUUCUUACAUAGAGCACGUGCUUUUGGAUUCUGAUGAUGAGUUGGAAGAAGAUGGGCAUGCAGAAGAAAAUGAGCAACUAGCAUUGAAAAUCCAAGAAUUUGAAGCAUUCUUACUAGGCACAGAAGCCAUUGCUGCAACACAAGAAGAGCAAGAACAACCACAACCAGAACAAGGUUCCUUCUUCUAUGGAAACUAUGCUGUCCCGCUAGUCCCGAGCCUUCAAGAACCUGCUGCCCUACAUGCCCACAAAGCCAUUGCAGCACAAGGCAUGCCUAUACUACUACAGGAGCUAGGACUAGGUUGGUUCUGUGGAAACUAUGUGCCUCCUCAUCACUUCAUUCCAUUUCAAGAACCUUGUUCUCCACAUGUCCUGCAAGCCCAAGAAGCCAUUGCGCUAUGUUCAUACUAUGGAAUUCACAACUCUGUCCCUCAUCGUUAUAUCCUACCAUUCCCAAGCUUCCAACCCUCAAUUCAAUUUCAAGAACCUGCAGCCACAUAUGCCCUGCAAGCCCAACAAGCCAUUGCAACACAAGAACAGCUAAAACUAGAAUUAGGUUCAUGCAAUGGAUUUCACAAGUAUGUCCCUCCUGAUCUCCCACCAGUCCCAAGCAUCCAACACUUGAUUCAAAUAUGCAGCAAGCCUUUUGACAGACACUUGACAAAAUCUGAUGCGAUGUUCUCAUUAGAGGUGAAGAAAUGUGACGCAGAAGAACAUUGUUGAAUGGUAAUGAAGAUCCUACACAAGGCAUCUGGGUCACAAAGUAUGACAUUGCUGAUAAUGAGCACAGUAUGCUGUUCAUGACCACAAAAAUUCGCAAAUAUCAUAAGCUUUAUUGGCGAUAUUUUGUUCGACAUCAUGGCCUAAAGUUCAAAGAUGUUGUUACCCUGUGGGCGUUCGG